UGUGUGAGUAGAAAUCAUUCGUUCGUUGAAAGAAGAAAAAACAAGACUUAGGUGAAUUUUGAUAAAUACUUGAUUAAAACUGCAGAAAAUAAAAUCUGCAUUUAUUUAUACAAUAACUAGAAUUUAAUAAUAAAAAUUUUAAAAUUUUUUUUAUUAAAUAUUACCAACUUUUUGACGUUUAAACGCGAAAGCAAAAACCUGAAGCACCAGUAACAAAAAUCAACGAAGAGAAAACGCGCAAAUCUCUGUGCAAAAAAUAUUCCGAAAAAAGAGUAGUGAAGAAGAAUUGUGACAAAUUUCUAGUGAAAAAAGCAUUUACUAAAGAAGAAAGUGAAAUUUUUCUACCAAACAUCAAAAAGAAAACAACGCCCGUUUUUAUAUAAAAUAAUUGUAUGAUAAACCCUUUUCGAAGAAAUAGAAAUUCCACAACAAGCGUUUCAUCGCACACAUACAUUCGGUCACUGUCAGGAUUAAGGAUUAUUCAUUCCAGCAGACCUCCUAGAAUCAUAAAAAGAGUUUAAAUCAAGACCUGUCAAACAAUAAUUCCUGGUGGAUUGAUUCUUUCCAUACAUAACAAUACAAUACUCUAAUUCUCGCAUCCCUGUAUCAUACCAAACCGACCUGAGAAGAACCAACAAACAACAGCCGCAAACUGACUUAACUUUUCCUUUUCUCAAUACUCCACUUAACGUAUUCUUAGAUUAUAAACGGCCAGAACGUUUUAUCCCUCACUGUAAACAUUACAAUCGCAACAUCACAGCAACUUUACAAAAAUGAGUAAAAAACCAACAGCUGGACCCGCGUUACACAAAGUAAUUAUGGUUGGUAGUGGUGGUGUUGGUAAAUCAGCGCUGACCCUGCAAUUCAUGUACGAUGAAUUCGUCGAGGACUACGAACCAACCAAAGCUGAUAGUUAUAGAAAAAAGGUUGUAUUAGAUGGCGAAGAAGUACAAAUAGAUAUAUUGGACACAGCCGGCCAAGAAGACUACGCUGCCAUCCGUGAUAAUUAUUUUCGUAGUGGUGAAGGUUUCCUGUGUGUUUUCUCUAUAACAGACGAUGAAAGCUUCCAGGCUACACAAGAAUUUAGGGAACAAAUAUUGCGCGUUAAAAAUGACGAAAGCAUACCAUUCCUGUUGGUUGGUAACAAAUGCGAUUUAAAUGGCAUACGCAGAGUGCCCCUGGCCGAGUGUCAGCAACGAGCCCAGCAAUGGCAGGUGCCAUAUGUGGAAACGUCGGCUAAAACACGUGAAAAUGUCGAUAAGGUAUUUUUCGAUCUGAUGCGCGAAAUAAGAUCACGUAAAACUGAAGAUUCGAAAGCGACCAGCGGGCGAGCAAAAGACAGAUGCAAGAAACGGAGAUUGAAGUGUACACAUCUUUAGGCAAUAGGUAUUUUAUGAUCUUAUCAGGGAUAUAUCAACACGUAAAAAACAACAACAAACCGUGGAACGUAAGCCGAAUGAAACCAAAACUCAUUGCUGCCAAUUGCUGUAAUAAUUUAAUAAAAAAAAAACAACCGACAAACACACACAUACAACAACCACAUAUACAUACAUACAUACGUAUAAAUAUAUGAUUUUAUGUUACUUUUAUCUCUUUUUGUGUUUUACUUUUUUCUAUUCAAUGAAUGCAAAUUAAAUAUUAAAACAAAUACGUACAUAAUUCAUAUUUAUUGAUUAAAAUAAAAACACAGAUUUAAAACGGAAAUACAUUCAGAAGAGAAAAACAAAAAAAAAAAAAAAAAACACUAAAACAUUUUUCUAUUUGUGCCCCCGUUAAGAUUCUUUAUAAAUUUCUGUCAAAGCAUUUCAAGCGAAUUGUCAAUUCUGUUCCUUCAAAUUUAUAACUUGGUUCGGGGUCCAAGGUUGAUUUUCAGUUUCUAUAGAAAUCUAACAAUAAUCAGUUUUCUACAACUUGGAGUUAAGAUUUUAAAAAGACUGCAAACAUAAGCGGUUUUCCUUAAUUAUGAGCCACUACUGUUUUGCAUAACCGAGACAAAGUCACGAGAUUCAAAGCCCAAAAAAAAGCUGGAAAUUUUCAGAAAACUGAGCUACAGACUCGUAAUGCAAAAUGUUUUUCUAUACUUCUUAUUCCCACUCUGUGAACCGAACAAAAAACAAUAAAUUUGUUUUAAUUUGCAAAUUAAUUAUUUUAAAUCUAGUAUUUUAUUUUUAAUAAUUAUUUCUGCCUUGUAUUUGUAAUUUUAUUUGUUUUUAAGUAAAAUGUACCAUGUACAACAAUCAACCAACCAACCAACCAACUACACUUUCAUACUCAUAAUUCCAACAAUGAAUCAAACACACAUGCUCGCAUGUGUAUAUGUGUACAAUAUGUAUGUAUUUGACAAACAUCCUCCGUUUUCUAGUAGUGCUCCUUAACAUGGAAAUGUGAAUGAAAGUAAUUCUGUUUGUAUUAAAAAUAAACAAUAUUUUUAUUUCAAAAUAAAAUGAAUACAUUUUAUGUAAUUUUCUUAAAUUUUUUGUUUAAGUUUUUUUAUAUAUAUAUACAAAUAUACAAAAAAAAAAAAAAAAAAAAACAACAAAUAAUAACAAACAUUUAUCCACAAGAAUUGCAAUAAAUAUGUUUUUUUUUGUUCUUCUAUUUUUUUUUCUUUUGAGCAUAACUCUUUUUAGAAGCCUGCAAAGUUGCAAAUGAAACGCAUAUUUACAAAAAGAAAAACAAAAUCAACUGUGUAAUCAAUCCUAUUUAUAUAAAUUUUAUAAGCUUUGUUUUCAUUAAGUCUUAAAACAAUAAAAUAAAAAUCAAAAAAAAAUAUUAUUAUUAAACUGAUAUUACCAAUCUAAAUAACCAAAAAAAAAAAAAUAAUAAUAAUAAUAAAACCACACCUUCGACGGCAAUGAAUGCAAACAAUUUUUAUUUUAAAUUUUUUUGUCGAAAUAUCUAAGCUGAAAUAAUUUAUAAAAUAAAAAAUGAUAUAUACAAUAAAACCAAACAA